CUUUUGCUCUCAAGAAAACAUACAGCUUCAGUUUUUUCUUUUUUAGGGAAAAAGAAAAAAAGAAAAAAAGACCAUGGGAAGAAGGAAGCUAAAAAUAUUGAGAUUGGAAAGUGUUAAGGCAAGGCAAGUGAAGUAUUCUAAGAGAAAGCUUGGUGUGCUUAAGAAAGGCAAAGAACUUGCUACAUUAUGUGAUGUUGAUCUUGGUCUUAUCAUGUUUUCUCCUUCUGGAAAACCAUCUCUCUAUGUUGGUCAUGACAAAGAAUUGAGUACUCUUUUGGAGAGGCUGUCAAUUAUUACUGUAGAAGAAAGAGAACAGAGGAGGGAGUACACCAUGAAAUUAUUAAAGAAAAUGUACUCAAAGACUGGCACAGAAGUCGAUCAGAAGACCCUGACAAUUCAAAGGCACAGAGAUGAAGGAUCCAGGUUUGAAAAUCCUGAAUUAAUAGAGCUGAAAGAAAAACUUGCUGAGAAGAGAAGGAUUCUGAGGGAAUGGAACAAUCCCUAUGAGGUUGACAGCUUAGCACAGAUCAGAAUCAUGGAGGAGCAUCUCAUUGCAAGUCUUACUAGAGUGAGAAAUAUUAAGAUUCAGCUGUGGGAGAAGCAGAGCAAGGCAUGAGGUUUCUCAUCAGGAAACAGAGUGCUUGCAAUAUCAUCAACAGGAUCCAUAAUGCAGAACGUUGAGGUGGUUCUUUCAAUAAUAACAACAUUUUAACUUCAAAUAUGUGGUAUUUCUUCCAAGGGAUAUUCCCAAGUCUUAAAACUUAAAUAUAAUAUUACAUUUAGGUUAACUGAUGGUCAUUUUCCUUGUUCGGAUUC